AAAACUUAUGCAUUUUCAGAUUCGACUACGGUGCUUCAAUGGUUGAAGUCAACCUACAUUACGGAUAUUUUUGUGGCUAAUCGGAUAGAACAGAUUAGGGAAAAUCUGCCUUCUAGUGUUUGGCGCCAUGUGAGUGGUACGGAAAAUCCUGCAGAUUGUCUUUCUAGAGGGUUGUCCCCUUUGCAAUUAAUGGAACACCGUUUGUGGCUGUCGGGCCCAGCGUGGUUACAAAUCAAUGAAUCACUUUGGCCAGUGACUUCUAUUGAUUUGGGGGAGGAAGGUCUAGAAGGCGAUCAACAUAUACACACCAGUUUAGUCAAUGUUCGGGAAAAGGAAGAACAUCCCUUAUAUGAGUUGGUUUUGCGUCGUUCGUCUUGGUCAUUUAUUUUAAGGACUACGGUAUGGGUACUUCGGUUUGCAAAAUUAAUUCAACUGGGAGAAUUUGUUACUUCUAAAGAUUUAUUUAUAGCGGAGUCUAUAUUAAUCAAAAUGGUUCAAUCUAAACAUUUCGGUUUUGAUAUCAAACAAUUAGUUUUGGGUAAGGAAUGUUCGGAAAAAUUGCGGAAAUUAAGACCAUUAGUUCAAGAUGGAUUACUUAGGGUGGGGGGUAGAUUGGGUCGGGCCCAAAUAACCUUUGAUCAAAAGCAUCCCCUAAUUUUGCCAGCUAAAGAGCCAUUAGUUGAUAGAUUAGUGGAUUAUUAUCACCAGACUAAUCUGCAUACGGGGCCUCACUUACUGGAGGCUAUCAUUAGACAAAAAUAUUGGAUAAUAGCGGGUCGGAAUCUCAUUAGAAGUCGGGUACAUGCGUGCAAUCACUGUUUUAGGCGUAAACCACUUGCAAAACCUCCGAUAAUGGCGGACUUACCAUCCUGUCGGGUACAGCCAGCUAAAGCGUUCCUGCAUACGGGAGUAGAUUAUUUCGGGCCUAUCAAUAUUACUUUAGGUAGGAGGCGAGGAACGUCGAUGUAUAAGGCUUACGUAUGUUUAUUUGUGUGCAUGAGCAUAAAGGCUGUACAUAUGGAACUGAGGUCCUUGUGGGGUUCUCUAUUCGGAUCAGGGAACCAAUUUUAUCGGAGCCAAGCGGGUACUUUCGGAUCUAUACAUGUUUUUAAAUUCUCGGGAGUAUACCGAUACGCUGAUGGCGGAAUUAUCCACCCAGGGCGUUGAAUGGAAGUUUAACCCUCCCUCGGCACCACAUAUGGGUGGUAUAUGGGAGAGUCAGGUUAAAUCAGCCAAAAGUCAUAUCUACAGAGUUAUCGGUGAUCAAUUGUUAACAU